AAAUAUGCCCGCUCGACUGAUGAUGAGGAGCUUCGGAACCACGUCCUGUUCUUGCAGCACACGCAGACCUACCUGCUUCUAAAGUACUCGAUCAAGCAUGCUGAUCUCGGUCUCUUGCGUCGAACCAUCGACCGCUGUUGCCUGUACUUCCAUGGCUCAGGACAGUCCCGGUAUGCCUAUGAGAUGUUGUACCUCCACCGUCUCACGUCAACGCGUGCUGCCACUCCGCAAUUGCAGCGCGCGAUACUUGCAAAUGGGCUUGUCAAUCGCCGAGGCAAGGAGGAUAGCUGGUAUGAGACAGACAGGCUUGUGGAAUUCCACAAUGGCACACUCAAGAACCUUCUCAACGCCAAACGUGGAUCGUCCCUCACGAUGGAUUAUCCCUUCAAGCACUGUUCUCUAAAUACUGACUUCUUUGCUGCUCUUGCCAAACGGACAGAGUCCUUUUACUGUAUUGUUCGCAAUAGCGAGCAUCCAGAGAAAUCGGCAGAACUUGACAUCAGGGUGAUGGCUCAACGCUUGUCGCACAGCGGGUCAAUUGCACUGCACAAGGGACGGACAGUCAAGCAUAAAGCUACGGAUGUUCUGGCAGCAGGGGCACAGCGCAUCGCCGGCAAAGCGAUAAUCAAGUUCAAC